AUGGCGCCAAUUGAGGAGCCCGACACCAAUCUACUUCACGUCACGCGCAUAUCGCAAUAUCGCAGAAGUCUUCUCCCCCUCCUCCUAAGCUACUACCCUCCCGCCAAAGGCGUUGUCCUCGCCUACGAAGACGUCUCGCUCUCCUCCCAACCGCCCAAAACCGCCUCCUCAUCCGCCAACAAGUCAAGUCGCAGACACGCCGGAGAUGCAGACGCAGACGCAGACGACCUCGAACGCAUCGCAGAGCAAGAAGAAGGCGUCGUCCUCACCCGCUGCGUAGACGAGUACAUGGCGCCCUACGUCUGGGCCACCGCUUCGCUGCUUAUCUGGCGGCCUGCUCCCAAUAGUUACUUAGACGCGACGCUCACGCAUCAAUCUGCCACGCACAUCACGCUCGCGCACCUUAACACUUUCGCUAUUACCGUGCUCAAGGAGAGUCUGCCGGCGGACUGGACAUGGCAUACGGAGAAGGCGAAUAAGAAGAAGAAGGGGUUUGAUGGGCUAGUUGCGGACGAAGGCGGGUGGUGGAUGGACGGGGAGCUGAAUGAAAUUAGGAAAGGGUUACCGAUGAGGGUUAGAGUGCGGGAGUGGGAUGUCAGGGGUGGGAAGGGGAAGGGCGUGUUGCGGGUGGAUGGGAGUUUGCUUAGUGUUGAGGAAGAGAGGAGUAAGGUGGCUAAGAAGGCGGGGAAGGCGGUGGUGGGGAGGAACGCAAGGGUGACGGGGGGAGAGGUUAUGGAGGUGGAUUGA